UAAGGGUUUAUAACCCAAACGAAUGGCCGCAUGAUGUACGAAAUACAGCCCGUCGUGAAAAACUGGAAAACAAAAGAAAUAUCUAGUCAGACUGACCAGCUGAAUGUCCGCGUUUGCCAUUCAGUGCUAGUUUAAGAAUUGUUUAAAUCAAAAGUAAAUCGAUCGAUAUGGUGAAUAAGUGCAGCGUGACUGGUUGUAAAAGCUUAUAUUCGAAGGACAAUACCAAAGUUAGAUUACACAGAUUUCCUCUGUCGAAUCCAGAAACGCUACCCUUGUGGAUAGCUGCCACUGGUAGGGAAAAAGAUUGGACACCUUGUAAAAGUAGUAGAUUGUGUGGCAAUCAUUUUGAAAAUUCUGAAUACAUAAUUGGCCAUGGGAAAAAUGUUUUGAAGACAACAUCAGUCCCAACGAUUGAUUAUAGAGUGGAAGUUAUGAAAUACCAAAAAAAGAAGUUGCUAAAUGUAGAUAACGAUGAUGAGCUAAUGAUUAAACCUAAAGUCAAGCAAGAGGAAAGUAGUGAUACAAAUGUUGAAAUUGUCCAACUUGACUACAGCGAUAUGUACAAUUUAAAGUAUGAACAUCAAAAUCAGGGUAAAAAUGAUGAUCAUGGAGAAUCAUAUUAUAAAAAUGAGGAUGAAAAAUGUACAAAUAAAAAUCUCAAUUUUUCUAACUUGGAGACUAGUUAUGAUAACGAACAUGAUUCUAGUCACGAUGACGAGGCCGUAAAAAAUGAAUAUGAAGAUUUCAACUAUGAACUGAAAAAUGAUAUUUGUAACAGAGAAAACCAAUGUUACAUGUUUACAAGCAGUUUCAAGGAAGGCGUUGAACCUAUAGUUUUAACACCUCCAGAAGAUAAACCACCUGAAGAAUCAUUAAAUAUUAUGACUAUUGACCAAGCAACAGCAGAUUUAAAUUUUAAGAAAAUUAUGGCCUUAAAAUUAAAAAAACAACGGCGCACUAAAGAUAUUUAUUCGUUGUACUUCAAGACUCUGAAAAAAAAAAGGUUUCGAAAACAAGAAAAAUAUAAACAACAUUAUUCUAACAAUGAUGAAGACUCAUUUUCAACGUUUAUAGGAGCCCAAAUGAAAGAGUUGCGUCCAUUUAGAAAGGUUUAUUUAAGUGCAAAACACAGAAUUCAAAAAGUUUUAAUGCAAGCACAGCUUAAAAUAGCAGAGCUAAUUUAAUUAAGAUCGAAAAGUGGCAUUAUGACAAGUAGUUAUUGUUCUAUUCUGUAAUACAUUAAUCCACAUAUACUAUUAAAAUUAUGUUGUAUCGUAAAUUAUUAAUGAAAUGAAUGCAAAAGAAUGUAUAUUUUAUAAUUAUAGAUGUAUAAGUGUUUCAUUUAAUUCAUACAUUAAUACAUUAUUAUUAAAUAAAACAUUUUUAUUUAUAAAGUUUGGCUAUAAAUUAUACACAAUAA